GUGUUAUUUAGUGUUUACAUGAUCAGCUGAGAGGAGACAGCAACAUCCUCACCACCCCUCCAUCGCUCUCUCUCUCUCUCUCUACGGCUGAUGCUUCUUGCCCAUUAUAACUCACCAAGAUGAAUAUAUUGCCAAAGAAAAGAUGGCACGUCCGCACCAAGGAGAACAUUGCUCGGGUGAGGCGCGACGAGGCCCAGGCUGCUGAGGAGGAGAAGCAAAGAGUUCUUCGAGCAAAACUUGCGGAACAGGAAGCUCGUACUGCAUUGCUAAGAACCCGAGCUCGACAGAAAUAUGAUGGAGAUGAAGGACUUGAUGCAGCUGAACCCAAGGCAACAUCAACUGGCCAAGCCACCAACACCACCAAGACACAUGUUGCAGAUAUUUACACUGCAGAGGGAAAUAUUAACUUCUUCAAGGAUCUGGAGGAGGGGAAGCAAACACAUGGGAAGAAUGAGGAAUAUGAAAAAGAAAAGAAGGAAGAGCAAGAGAAGUAUGAGAAGAAAAUUGGCUAUUUGACAUACCUGGGGCAAGACUCCCAUGAGGCUCAAGGGAAGAAGGCCUGGUAUGAGGAAGCUGAAAGUAGGAUAACAUAUAGAGGUGAUGAGGAGGAGGAAGGAGAGACAAAAGAGGUGGGACUGAAGAGUAAAGACAAGCUAGAUCCUAUUCAUGACAUUAUAAAAUAUGGAGGGAUAAAGCUAAUCAAGAAAGUACCAGGAAUGCCAAAGCCAAAAGCAGCAGAUGAUGUCCAGAUAGUGCAAAAACAGAAUGUAGAAAGUAAGAAAAAGGUGCAGCAAGAUGAAAGUACUGCAGACAAGAGGAAAUAUAGACACAAGGAGAGUAAAAACAAAAAGAAAAGAAAGUCAAAGAAGAGAAAAAGAAAUGAUGAUGAUGAUAAGAGAGACAAACACAAACAGAGAGACUGCAAGAGACGAAGGGAUGACAGUAGUGAUGAAGACAACACCUCAAGGAAGAGAAGGAAAUCAAAUAGUCACAAAAGCAAAUCAAAAGAAAGAGAACGAAAAAGGAGAAGACACCACAGCAGCACCACCACCACCUCAAGCACCAGUGCAUAUGAAAGUAGUGAAGAUGAAGAAGCCAUACAAGAAAAGAAAAGGAAGCUGGACAUUUUACGAGUGGAGAGACUGAAGCGAGAAGCUGAAGAGAGGAAGAGAGCAAAUAGACUCCUAGCUGGAAAGAAGCCUGAUGACAAUGACGAACCUCCAAAACAGUCCACCAUUCAGCAGAAAUACAACAGCCAGUUCAACCCUCACAUUGCACGACAGAACCAGGAGCAACAGCAGCAGCAACAGCAGCAGCAACAGCCAGCAUUGGCAGUGGGUGUGAAGUAUUGGCUUCAGUGACACACAAGUAUUUUAACAAGUGUUUUUACUUCAGUGACACACAAGUCUUGGGUUCAGUUUGUGAUGGGUGCAUGUGCCAGGCAAUUCUUGUAGCAACAUUUGUGUGCCUAAUAUGAUUUUGUUACAUAUUUUAACAAGUGUUUUUGCUUAAUGGUACUUUCUAAUUUUUUGUAACCUAUGUUCUAUCUAGCUUUGAAAAUAUUUUGCCACUUUAAAAUCAGUAUGUAGUAUCAGAAAAGUAUUUGAUUAAAACUUACACUUUAUGCACUACCAGUCUCUAUGAGAAAAGUUACUUAAAUAAAGAUAUUUUUAUAAUAUA